GUAGCCAAUUAAAGUCAAAGGCUCAAACAGCAUUGAAGAGUUAAACGCUUCUUUUCAACUCUUUCUUUCUUCUUUUUCUUCUUCUUCAUUUGUUGUUGGGUUAAUUUAUUCACAACCCACAUUCCCCUUUCCUCCCGAUGCUGAUCCAGCUGAUCACGAAGAAAUUGCUCUAGAAAAUGGCUGCUGAGGGAGGAGGAAGCACUUUUGCUCACUCUCUCCAAGACACACCGGUCUGGGCUCUCGCCACCGUUUGCUUUUUCUUCAUCUUUGUCUCUCUCUUGCUGGAGCACUUGAUCCAUCUCCUUUCCAACUGGCUCAAAAGACACCGAAAAACUGCCUUGUUUGAGGCAGUGGAGAGGCUUAAAUCAGUAUUGAUACUGUUGGGGUUCAUCUCGCUGAUGUUAGCAGUAACUCAAAGACCCAUUUCCAAAAUCUGCAUAUCCACAAAAGUUGCAUACACUAUGCUUCCUUGCCACAAAAGUGCAGCAACGUUAACAUCUGAAAGAAGAUUGGCAGCAGCUGAGACAACUAACGCUUCUGAUCAUUGUGCUUCCCAGGGAAAGACCUCUUUUAUAUCACAAGAUGGGAUCCUGCAGCUCAACAACUUUAUAUUUGUGUUAGCUGUUAUGCAGAUUAUUUAUAGUGUUCUCACCAUGGCUUUAGGAACGGCCAAGAUGAGAAGGUGGGAAGCUUGGGAAAAAGAAACUCAGACAGUUGAAUACCAAGUGGCAAAUGAUCCUAAUCGAUUUAGAUAUACAAGACAAACAACAUUCGGGCGUCGGCAUAUGAAUUCUUUUACAACAACAACUCUUCAUCUUUGGAUCAAAUGCUUCUUCCGUCAAUUCUUUCGGUCAGUGGCCAAGGUUGACUACCUCACUCUACGCCACGGUUUUAUCUCGGCCCAUUUGUCAACAAAUACCUCUUUCAAUUUCCAGAAGUACAUACAACGAUCACUGGAGGAUGAUUUCAAAGCUGUUGUCGGCAUCAGCCCUCUCAUGUGGUUUCUCGUCGUCAUUUUCUUGCUUGUCGAUGUGCAUGGUUGGCACGUGUACUUUUGGGUAUCAUUUCUCCCGCUAAUGAUAGUUCUAGCUCUUGGAACCAAAUUGGAAGUGAUAGUAGCAACAAUGGCCCUUCAAGUUCAAGAUCAGAAUAGUACUGUAAUCAAAGGAGCACCUGUGGUGCAACCCAAUGAUGAUCUCUUCUGGUUCAAUCACCCCAAAUUUGUCUUGACCUUAUUACAUUAUACUUUGUUCAUGAAUGCUUUUGAGCUCUCUUUCUUUGUUUGGGUCACGUGGCAAUAUGGGAUAAAGUCUUGCUACCAUCAAAGUGUUGGAUUUAUCAUUAUCCGGGUGGUAUUAGCGGUGACAGUUCAAGUCUUAUGCAGUUACAUUACUCUUCCCCUCUAUGCUCUUGUGACCCAGAUGGGAUCACAAUUCAAAAGCGCAGCACUAGAAGAGCAAACGGUGCAUGUUGUAAAGCAAUGGUAUGCUGAAACGAGGGACAAGAGGAAAAAGAAGCAAGACCAAUCGUCUACUGUCUCAAGCAGUAACAGGACCAUGGGCUCGUCGGAUUUUUCUUCUCAUCACCGGAUACUAACAUUUUCUCAAGAGAUGACUCAUCCUUCCAGCGAAAUCGGAAAUGUCGAAGAAGGUGAUCAAGAAAUUCACCAAGAUGAACUUGAGUUGGGCAUGGUUUCAUCUAAUAUUGCACACAUAGAACUCUCAGAAGUCACUAAAAUUUGAAGAUAGUUUUGGAGAAGGAAGCCAGCUUGAUCAAGAGGAUUGGAGCUGGCUGCUCAUUCAAUAUUCUUGUAUACUUAUAAUUUCAAAGUUUUUAUCUUAUGUACAUAUUUUCUGUUAAUCUUUCAAAUUAUAAAAACCAAAA